AACACAAACAUACACAAUGGUCAAGAAAGCUGGUGUCUUAGGUGCCACCGGAAGUGUGGGCCAACGGUUUAUUCUCUUAUUAUCUGAACAUCCUGACUUUGAGAUCCAGGCUUUGGGUGCCUCGUCCCGUUCCGCAGGAAGACGCUACGAGGACGCGGUCACCUGGAAGCAGACCUCGUUGUUACCAGAGUCUGCGAAGAACAUCUUGGUUUCUGAGUGCUCUGCUGCCGCUUUUGCCGGGUGUGACAUUGUCUUUUCCGGUUUGGACGCGGAUUACGCGGGAGAGAUCGAGAAGCAGUUCGUAGAGGCCGGCUUGGCAGUCGUUUCCAACGCGAAGAAUUACAGAAGAAACGUGGACGUGCCGUUGAUCGUGCCCAUCGUCAACCCUGAACACGUGUCUGUGGUUGAAAAGAAGCUUACCGAUGCACAGGCAAAGGGCGAAAAAAAGCCGGGCUACAUCAUCUGUAUCUCGAAUUGCUCCACGGCCGGUCUUGUGGCUCCAUUAAAGCCGCUAGUUGAGAAGUUUGGGCCAAUUGACAUGUUAACUACCACCACGCUCCAGGCGAUCUCCGGAGCUGGGUUUUCUCCGGGCAUUCCCGGAAUCGACAUCUUGGACAACAUCGUUCCAUACAUUAGCGGCGAAGAAGACAAGAUGGAGUGGGAGACCAAGAAGAUCUUGGGGGGUUUCAGUGCCGACGGGAGCGAGUUUGUGCCGUUGACCCACGAGCAGAUGAAGGUCAGUGCCCAGUGCAACCGUGUCGCAGUUUCCGACGGCCACACCGAAUGUAUUUCCUUGAAGUUUGCCAACCGCCCGCCACCGUCGCUCGAACAAGUCAAGCAGUGCUUGAGAGACUAUGUUUGUGAUGCCGCCAAGCUUGGCUGCCACUCCGCCCCCAAGCAAACCAUUCAUGUUUUGGAACAGGCAGACAGACCACAGCCAAGAUUGGACAGGGACAGAGAUGCUGGGUACGGUGUUUCUGUGGGAAGAAUCAGAGAGGAUCCAGUUCUUGACUUUAAGAUGGUUGUUUUGUCGCACAACACGAUUAUUGGUGCUGCUGGUGCGGGGAUUUUGAUUGCUGAGAUUUUGCUUGCUAAGAAGUUGAUCUAGAGAGGAGGUACGUGGCUUGGACUAGACUAUUCUAUAUAAUAAUU